UUGAAAUAAAAAGCCCUGCAAGUCUAAAACCGAGUAAGAAGAGAAAGAAAAUACCCUCCAGUUGAGAUCUGAACCAUGCUUUACUCUUUGAUCUGUGGACUUCUUGCUCUGGCUACUUUGUGGUCAGUAGUUAAUGCAACUGUUUUGACUUCUGACACAUUUGAAAAUAGUCCAUGCAUGAAGUUCUUUUAUAAGAACCAAGAGCUGACUGGAUUUGAAGGUUACAAUUAUGCCAGAAUAUGCCAGACUUUCAGGGACAGGUACUAUUUCGCAUCCCUAUACGAUAAGGAUCGACGGAUUCCGUUGUAUUCAGCAUCCUUGUUCAACUAUAAAGAUCCUUUGGACAAAGAGACGGACAUGUCGAAUGAACACUGGAAGUAUGAGCCACAGCUUGCUGACCCAAGUCAAAAAGGAAACAUGCAGCAAAUAGACAGCAAAGUCAAAGAUGAUCCAAUCGUCAAGCAAAGCCAACCAGUAGAAAUUGAUUAUAAUAAAGUGUACCAAAAUGUGAAAUAUACAAGAGGGCAUUUAAAUCCUAACAGCUACAUGGGGAGUAAAUCUAGCAAGGCUUCUACAUUCACGGUGACAAACGCUCCACCCCAGCCUCGUGGAUUUAAUCAGGAACAGUGGAGAAAUGCAGAAAACAAAAUUCUAGGUCUUUUAAACAACAAAUGUCAUGUUGUGAGCGGAGUCAUCCCUUACCAGGUGGAGAAGUGGAUUCCAGAUAAUACAGCGCGCAGAGUGGCUGUACCCGAGUUUGUGUGGAUGGCUUAUUGUUGCCCAGAUCAUCAGCCUCCCACUGGCGCAGUAUUAGGACACAGCGAUGGAUCUAAAACAGUGACUGUCGGAGAAGGGGCUGACAAGUUACAGUUCAAACCUGCUGAAACAAAAGAGAUUGAGGUGCAUCAGCUGGAAGCCAUCUUGAGCUCCAGAUUGCAACCUAAAAAUCAUAUCAGCAUCUUUAAAGAUGGUUGUACUUAAGGUUUCCUUCAUUAAAAGUGCUGGGUGCAAGCAGAAAUGUAAGUGCUUUGCAAAAUUCUUCAAAUGAAUGUUUUCAAUUCAAUGUAUAACCUUCGCUGAGAUAUAAUUUUUUUUGCUUUAGACACAUAGAGAUCUGCAGAAGAAAAGAAAAAAAAUCAAUAUACUCCCAAAUGAUUUGAAGCUGACCUCAUAUCAUGGUUCUAAAAAUGUUAUUAAUGUGAAAAUGGCAAAAUAAAAUACCUUGGCAUUGUAAAGCAUGAUUAAAUAAAAUGGA